CGACACGCCUCGCUCGCGCUCCAUCACUCGUUGCGCGCACAGGCUGUCAUUUGUUCCUUUCUUGGCGGUCGUAUCGGUUUUCUUUCAGAAGACGCAGCUGGAGAAAUAAUAUUUUUUGCGUUUAAACGUCAACUUUAUUACUGGCGUCUAUCUCAUCAUGUCCACGCGCGGAGGCACGCGCGAGUUUUAUUUUAACACGGUGCUGUCACUCGCGAGAUCACUGGCCGCGCACAGACCCGCGCCCGUCGAGAAGGUACAAAAGUUAUUAUGCAUGUGUCCAUGCGAGAGUCGUGGUGUCUUUACUCUAGACGUCCGGCGCACAGAUGCUGUCAUUGCACUGGCUGUGUUCCUGGUCGAGUCAGAUUUACAGCACAAAGAGACAGUGGUCAGUUAUCUGUUGAAUCUGCUCAGGGGAUUACCCAGAGUUCAGUGGGUGGAGGAGAAUGCCGGGAAAAAGAAUAAAGAGACUCUUCCUAUGUCAGAAAACUUCAGCUUUUGUUUGGUGACCCUUCUGUCUGAUGUAGCACAGAGAGACAGAGAGUCUCGCUUACAGAUUCUGGAAGCUGUCAUGGAUGUUAUGAAGUCUCUGUUGGAGCUUUGCCAAACACCUGAAAACCAUGAUAAAGUGUACCUGUGCAGGUAUGCAGUGCCCUGUCUUCUGGGUGUGACUCGAGCCUUCGGUCGCUAUGGUAACGGCAGCGAGCCGCUCCUCUCGCAGCUGUUUCCACGGGGGUCUACAAAUCCCACCCACCGCGUUUCUGUGAGAACCGAGGGCACCCGGAGGAGAUCUUUCAAUGACUUUCGCUCCAUUCUGCCCAGCUCUCUGCUGAUGGCUUGUCAGGGAGACACACUGAGACGCAAGAGCAAAGCUGCCCAUCCAGACGCUCAGGUGAGCCCGGAUCGAGGCGGUCCUUCACCCUGCUCUCCCACAGCACUGGGACCGCAGUAUUUUGAAGGUUCAUAUCUGUCUGAUGGAAGUGCAGUGAAUCCAGAUUAUUAUUUCACCACAGUCAGUUCAAGCUUCUCCAUCUCUCCGCUCUUUACUGGUGCCAGUGGUCAGGAGAUCAGUGUUCCUCUGAAUCUGCUGAGAACUCUGCUAGAGAUGGUGAAGCAGUUUGUGUCCGAUUCAUUCCUGAAGUCUCUGGAAGCUGUUGUUGCGGAGGUGACGGAGGCCAAUCCAGGCAUUGAUCUGUUUUACAAAGCUUUCAGUGACCCACUGUAUGUCAGCGUGUUUAAGAUGUUGAGGGACACGCUCUAUUACAUGAAAGAUGUGCAGACGAGUUUUGUGAAGGAUGUUCAUGAUUUCGUGCUGGAGCAGUUCAGCAGCAGCCAAUCGGAACUGCUGAGGGUUCUGCAUGAAGAGCGGUUGCCAGGGGAACCCAGUCCUCUCAAGCUCCGUUGUCAUGCCAACGCAGCCUGUGUAGACCUCAUGGUGUGGGCUGUCAAAGAUGAGCAAGGAGCGGAGAAUCUGUGCACUAAACUGUCUGAGAAACUUCAGUCCAAAACAUCCAGUAAAGUGAUCAUCGCUCAUAUGCCUCUGCUCAUCUGCUGUCUGCAGGGUUUGGGGCGUCUAUGCGAGCGCUUUCCUGUCAUCGCUCACUCGGCCACCAUGUCCCUGAAAGAUUUUCUGGUGGUUCCAUCCGCUGUGCUGAUUAAACUUUAUAAGUAUCACAGUCAGUGCGUCUCAGGAGGAGGCGGGAUUAAAAUUAACGUCACCAAUGAGCAGUCUCAGUCAACUUUUAACCUGCUGUGUAACAGGAAAGACCAGCCGUCCAUGUACGAGCAGCUCAGAGACGUCUCCAUCGAUAACAUCUGCAGAUGUCUUAAAGCGGGUCUCACCAUGGAUCCUGUUAUAGUGGAAGCUUUUCUAGCCAGCCUGUCAAAUCGCCUCUACAUCUCACGAGAAAACGACAAGGACGCCCAUCUGAUUCCAGACCACACCAUUCGUGCGCUGGGUCACAUUGCGGUGGCAAUGAGAGACAGUCCUAAAGUGAUGGAGCCCAUCCUGCAGAUCUUACAGCAGAAGUUUUGUCAGCCUCCCUCACAGUUAGAUGUGUUGAUUAUAGACCAGCUGGGCUGCAUGGUCAUCACUGGAAAUCAAUACAUUUAUCAGGAGGUUUGGAAUCUCUUUCAGCAGAUCAGUGUGAAAGCGAGUAAUGUUGUGUAUUCUGCUGCUAAAGACUACAGAGACCAUGGAUACAGACACUGCUCUCUAGCUGUGAUAAAUGCCCUGGCGAAUAUCGCAGCUAACCUGCAGGGGGAGACGCUGGUGGAUGAGCUGUUGGUCAAUCUGCUGGAGUUGUUUGUUCAGCUCGGUCUGGAGGGUAAAAGAGCAAGUGAACGGGCCAGUGAUAAAGGUCCUGCCCUUAAGGCAUCAAGCAGCGCUGGUAAUUUAGGUGUUCUCAUUCCUGUAAUCGCUGUGUUAACGCGUCGAUUGCCCCCCAUUAAAGAAGCCAAACCUCGUCUACAGAAGCUCUUCAGAGAUUUUUGGCUGUACUCUGUGGUCAUGGGUUUUGCUGUGGAAGGCUCUGGUCUUUGGCCUGAGGAAUGGUAUGAAGGAGUUUGUGAAAUUGCAACGAAAUCUCCACUGCUCACAUUUCCCAGCGGUGAGCCGCUGCGUUCAGAACUCCAAUAUAACUCUGCACUGAAGAACGACACUGUUACACCGGCGGAGUUGAGCGAACUACGCGGUACUAUCAUCAAUUUGUUGGAUCCGUCACCUGAGGCCGCUGCCCUUAUAAAUAAACUUGACUUUGCCAUGUCUACAUAUCUGCUGUCUGUCUACAGACUUGAAUACAUGAGGAUGUUGCACUCAAAUGAUCCUGACCGUUUCCAAGUGAUGUUCAGAUAUUUUGAGGACAAAGCCAUCCAGAAAGACAAGUCAGGUAUGAUGCAGUGUGUGAUAUGUGUCGGUGACAAAGUCUUUGACGUUUUUCUGCAGAUGAUGGCUGAGAAGCCCAAGACCAAAGAGCAUGAGGAGGAGCUAGAGCGACAUGCUCAGUUUCUAUUGGUCAACUUUAACCACACCCACAAGAGGAUCCGCAGAGUUGCCGACAAAUAUCUCUCGGGACUCGCCGAAACGUUUCCUCACCUCCUUUGGAGUGGAAAAGUUUUAAGGACCAUGUUGGAUAUCCUACAGACUCUGUCUCUCUCUCUUAGCGCUGACAUCCACAAAGAUCAGCCGUAUUACGACAUUCCCGGUACUCCUUACAGAAUAACAGUCCCGGACACGCAUGAGGCCAGAGAGAGCAUCGUGAAAGACUUUGCUGCCCGCUGUGGAGAGAUCUUAAAGGAGGCUAUGAAAUGGGCCGCUUCAGUCACCAAGUCCCAUCUUCAGGAGUAUCUGAAUAAACAUCAGAAUUGGAUAUCGGGUUUAUCUCAGCACACCGGUCUGGCAAUGGCCACCGAAAGUAUUUUGAGUUUUGCUGGAUACAACCGCCAAAGUACGACACUAGGGGCAGCUUUUCCUCAGGUGACCCAGCUGACUGAACGCCCCACCUGUGUGAAGAAAGAUUAUUCCAACUUCAUGGCAUCUCUAAAUUUGAGGAACCGCUACACAGGAGAAGUAGCAGGGAUGGUGCAGUUUGCUCAGGCCACACACAGCGAGUCAAACCUCAGUAAGCUAAUGAUCUCUCAGAUGAGUGAUGCUCUCGAAAGCAAAAACCUGGAGGUUUUCACACAGAACAUGUUUAAAAUGACAGCGCUGCUGAUCAGCACUAAAGACUGGGAUCUUCAAUUACUCCAUCAUCUGUGUUGGUCUCCUCUGAAGAUGUUUGUGGAGCAGGGGAUGGAGACGGCCAUCGCCUGCUGGGAGUGGCUGCUCGCUGCGUGCGGAGAGAUGGAAGUGCAGUUUAUGCGUGAGAUGGCAGGGGCGUGGCAGAUGAGCGUAGAGAUGAAGAUGGGUUUAUUUUCCGAGAUGGAGCCGGAGGCGGAUCCUUUAGCUGCAUCAGAGGAGCGUCAGCCUUUGCCCCGCCCUCCUGAUGUCACUCCUCAUUCACUCUGGAUUGAGUUUUUAGUGCAGAGAUUCGAAAUCGCCAAGUACAGCAGUGCAGAUCAGGUGGAGAUUUUCAUCAGUCUCCUGCAGAGGGCGCUGUCUGUUAGUGUUGGUGGACCUAAGAGCUGUUUGAACCGUCAUGUAGCUGCCAUAGGACCUCGAUUCAGGCUCCUGACUCUCGGUCUGACUCUCCUUCAUGCUGAUGUUGUGACUAACGCCACUGUUCGUAAUGUCCUCCGAGAGAAAAUCUACUCAACAGCAUUUGAUUAUUUUAGCGUGGCUCCGCGAUUCCCCACUCAGCCAGAGAAACGUUUGCGUGAGGACAUCAGCAUUAUUGUUAAGUUUUAUGCAUGUCUGCUGUCUGAUAAGAAAUAUCUCACUGCUGCACAACUCGUGCCACAAGAUCCUCAGGAUGUGUCUGUGAACAGUCUGUCUGUGAUGGCCGUGACCGACUCCAGAAGCAGUUUGGAUGCAGCCGUGGGCUCCAGACAGCAGGCUACACAGGGCUGGAUCAACACGUACCCACUGUCCAGCGGAGUCUCAACACUCUCCAAAAAAUCUGGUUUGUCCAAGAAGACUAACAGAGGAACACAGCUACAUAAGUACUUCAUGAAACGCAGAACACUUCUUCUGGCCCUGCUGGCGAGUGAGGUGGAGCGUUUGACAACCUGGUACAGUCCACUGGGCGGUCAGGAGCUUCAGAUAUCUGCUGAACAAUCUGUGGAAACCAGCAUCGCUAACUGGAGAUCGAAAUACAUCAGUCUGACCGAGAAACAGUGGAAGGACAAUGUGAAUCUGGCCUGGAGCAUCGCACCCUAUCUCGCCCUGCAAUUACCAGCCAGAUUCAAGAACACAGAAGCCAUUUUUUCAGAAGUGACCCGUUUGGUUCGUCUUGAUCCUGGAGCGGUCAGUGACAUUCCUGAGGCUGUGAAGUUUUUAGUGACGUGGCACACUAUAGAUGCUGAUUCUCCGGAAUUGAGUCACAUCUUGUGUUGGGCUCCAGCCGAUCCUCCCACAGGACUGUCGUAUUUCUCCAGCAUGUAUCCACCUCAUCCACUGACGGCACAAUACGCUGUUAAAGUCCUGCGCUCCUUUCCUCCUGAUGCCAUUCUCUUCUACAUCCCUCAGAUUGUUCAGGCUCUGCGCUAUGACAAGAUGGGAUACGUGAGAGAGUAUAUCCUAUGGGCCGCCCAGAAGUCUCAGCUUCUCGCGCAUCAGUUUAUCUGGAACAUGAAGACGAACAUCUACACGGAUGAAGAGGGACACCAGAAAGACCCUGACAUCGGUGAACUUCUUGAGCAGAUGGUGGAGGAGAUCACUGGUUCUCUGUCCGGUCCAGCGAAAGAUUUCUACCAGCGCGAGUUUGACUUCUUCAACAAGAUCACCAACGUCUCAGCUAUUAUAAAACCUAUUCCUAAAGGAGAUGAGCGUCGGCGAGCAUGUCUGAGAGCUCUGUCUGAUAUCAAAGUCCAGCCAGGUUGUUACCUGCCCAGUAACCCAGAGGCGAUAGUCUUAGACAUUGACUAUAAAUCCGGUACACCAAUGCAGAGUGCUGCCAAAGCACCGUACCUGGCCAAAUUCAAGGUGAAACGCUGUGGAGUGAGUGAGCUGGAAAAAGAGGGUUUACUGUGUCGAUCAGAUUCGCUGGAUGAAGCACGCAGUGAGGAAGAUGCACAGAGGAUCUGCUGGCAGGCGGCCAUCUUUAAAGUAGGAGAUGACUGUAGACAGGACAUGUUGGCUUUGCAGAUCAUUGGUCUUUUUAAGAACAUCUUCCAGCUGGUCGGCUUGGAUCUGUUCGUUUUUCCCUACAGGGUUGUGGCUACGGCACCAGGAUGUGGAGUCAUUGAAUGCAUCCCAGACUGCAAGUCCAGAGAUCAGCUGGGUCGACAGACAGAUUUUGGAAUGUACGAUUAUUUCCGCAACCAAUAUGGAGAUGAAUCAACACUGGCGUUCCAGAAGGCGAGGUAUAACUUCAUCAGGAGUAUGGCUGCGUACAGUCUGUUACUCUUUCUGCUUCAGAUUAAAGACAGACACAAUGGCAACAUCAUGUUGGACAGACAGGGGCAUCUUAUCCACAUCGAUUUCGGCUUUAUGUUUGAAAGUUCCCCAGGUGGGAAUCUGGGCUGGGAGCCGGACAUCAAACUGACGGAUGAGAUGGUGAUGAUCAUGGGGGGGAAGAUGGAGGCCACGCCCUUCAAAUGGUUUAUGGAGAUGUGUGUGCGCGGGUACCUGGCCGUCAGGCCGUACAUGGAUGCUGUGGUUGCCUUGGUAACGCUGAUGUUGGAUACAGGCCUGCCCUGCUUCCGUGGUCAAACCAUCAAACUACUUAAGCAGCGUUUUAAUCCUGGAGUCAGUGAGAAAGAAGCAGCAGCUUUUAUCAUUAAAGUUAUACAAAACUGUUUUCUGAGUAGCAGGAGCAAAACCUAUGAUAUGAUCCAGUACUACCAAAAUCAGAUUCCAUACUGAAGACCAUUGUGUAUGCGUUUAUGUUUGUGUGUGCGCAUACAUUCGUGUGUGCAUGAGAGGGAGCUUGCGUGUGUGUGUGUGUAAGAGAGUGUGUAUACAUAUUUUAUUUCUCUCUUUUAGCCUGAUACUUCAUGAGCUUCAAAUAUUUUCGCAUGGAUUAAUAAUAUCAGCAGUAUUUGAUCAUAUUAAAAAAAAAAUGUUUGUGUGUGUUGUUCGUUUCAUAGUUCAGUCGUUUCACUGCAUGAAUGGAGUUUAGUUAAACACUGCAAAUAUUACUAAACCAGAUUUGUGCAAGUGUUGUUUUUCUGUGUUCCUGACAACAGAUGCUACUUUAGUAACUAUAUAAAGUGACUGGACUGAAGACAGAUGUAUUAUUUUAUAGCUCCAGGUGACAUUUUAGAAAUGGUACAGGUGACAAACUCGCAUUAAAUGAACCAUUCACCCAAAAUUACAAUUCUGUUAUUAUUUUAUUUUUCCAUAAAACAUAAAAUAAUAUAAUAAAAAAGUGUUAAAUAGUCCUCUUGACACCUUAAGUACAUACUGUAGUGACCAUGUGUGUCAAGCUCCAGAAAUGACAAAACAUUAAAGUGUCAUAAUGUACUUGUGUGUGCUAUAUUGUAUCAGAUGUUUCAUUUAGCAUAUUAAAUAAUUAUGUAGGUGACUAUUAAUCUUCUUCUACCAUGAACAGUCUAAAUGAGCUCUAGAACUGAAUCAUUAAAUAAAUAAAUCCUAAAUUCAAACUAUAUUUUUUCAUUAUAUUUAAGAAAGUUAUACGGGUUUGAAAAUGAGGUUUUAAAACCAUAAGAAAAAAAAUGGCGCAAUUAUAUUUUUCUUUUUGAGUUUAAAGCACAAAUAAAGAGAGUAAUUCUGUCGUUUAAAUAAUUUUUGAUCAGACUUUAACAUGUUUUUAAUCUUUAGGUCACAUGACUUCCGAUCAAUCACUGCUAAUGACUGCUUGUUUUUGUAGUACACAUUUAUUGAUUAGUAAACUGCAGUAAAAGUAAUAUCUGUAAACUUGUUUGCACUGUUACUUGUGUAUUUAUUCUGUCUGUGGUAUUAAAUUGAAUAAAUCUAGUCUACAUUAA